GUACAACUUACCACGAAAAUAAAUGCGGGCUCAAGAAUGUAAACAACAAGACAUAACCAAAAAAUUUGACUGUUUUUAUUUCGCCGUCUGAAUAUCUAAUUGCAUCAAACAAUGCAUUAUCAAUUAAAUCCAAUGCCAAUGUAACGUACAGUUCAAUUAUCAUUUAAUAUUUCGAAACGCAUGAUUUGAAAUGGUAAAUACUUUGUCAUAACAUCGAUUGUACCGGUUGCUAAAUCAACAAUGCUUCUGGCCAAUUCGCUGAAGUACAUUGUUCAAAAUCUUAGAUUUAAUAAUAAUAAAAUCAGCAAAAAUGUACCAUGUCCAUUACGGACCAAUCAAUUCGUUCAACGCCAGUAUUGUAGUGAAAAAUUCAAAAUAAUUGACGAAUCCACUUCUGUGUUAACCAUUCGUCGGUCGCUCAAAACAGCCGGUGUUGAAGCGACCGAAGGUUGUUCGUUCAUCAAAACACUGUGCCCUGUGUGUGAUUUUCCGGAUGGUAAAACCGCUAGCAGUAUUUACAUCAACAAAGUAUCAGGGAAUGUAGUGUGUCCAUCGUGUCAACUGGUUAGUGGAUGGAGUUCCGUUGAAAAAUUCUUUUUGAAAACAGGGAAACCAACCAAGGAACGUGAAAGACUGAAAGAAUUGUUUGAAAAGUCCAAGCCAAAAAUUUCAGCACCAAUUGAACCAAUCAAUGCAACAUCCAUUUCUAACCUGGAACAGAAAGCAGUUAUCAAAGUAAUGGAAUCGUUGAAAUUGCAAACGAUUCCCUACAGUGUACUGCUAAAUUUCUCCGUACUGUGCGACACUGAGUCCAACGAAUUGUAUUUUCCAUUGAAAGAUGUCGAUGGAGUUGUGGUUGGUUAUAGGCGAUUGUAUAAAAUUGGGAAUGAUGUUGCCGAACAAACGUUACCGGAAACCGAAAGUUUUGGUGUGCUGAAAUCACAGUCGGGUAAAAAAGACUUCACAUCAGCUAUUGUGGUGCUGUCGAUUGUUGAUAUGCUGGCCUUAGCCACACAAAAGUUAAAUUACACAUUCAUUUGCCUUCCACAUGGCUUAAAGCAGCUACCUCAACAAUGCCUUCUCAAUUUCGAAACAUAUCAAAAAUUAAUACUUUGGUUCGAUCACGACACCGUCGGAUGGGACAUGGCGUUCAGUUUUGCCAAGAAAUUAGACGAAAAGCGAUGUCUCUUCGUUCGACCCACCGAAAUGCAUCCGACACCGUAUAGAGCUUCUUUGGACUCCAUUGACAUCAAAACAAUAUUAAACAAAGCGCAGCCAAUUCUGCACAAAUCCAUCACAACGUUUCAGUCGUUGCGGCAAGACGUGCUGAGCGAUUUACAAAAUAUCGAUAAAGUGCAAGGGGUGAAAUGGAAACGGUUUCCCAUUUUGAAUAAAUUACUGCGAGGCCAUCGGAAAGGUGAAUUAACUGUGUUAACCGGUCCAACGGGAUGCGGAAAGACAACGUUUAUGUCAGAGUAUUCGCUAGAUCUAGCCAUGCAGGGUGUUUCGACGCUCUGGGGUUCAUUCGAAAUUCGUAACACGAGAUUAGCAUCAACGCUACUUCGACAAAUGGCCGGCCACUCGUUGGAUAGCAGUAUAUCGGAUUUCAAUCAUUGGGCCGACGCUUUCGAGAAAUUACCCAUGUUUUUCAUGACGUUCCACGGUCAACAGUCGAUAAAAAUUGUAAUGGAUACCAUUGAGCAUGCACAAUACGUGCACGACAUCCACCAUGUCAUCAUCGACAAUGUACAGUUUAUGAUGGGCACAGCGGAUGAGGCGAAACACAUGGAUCGAUUUUGGAAACAAGAUUCAAUCAUUGGAGCGUUUCGUACAUUUGCCACGAAGAAAAAUUGCCAUGUUACGCUUGUCAUUCAUCCGAGGAAGGAACGUGAUACCGAGGAAUUGACCACAAGUUCGAUAUUCGGUGGUGCCAAAGCCACACAAGAGGCGGAUAAUGUGCUUAUCAUACAAGAUAAACGUUUGACCGCCAUUCGGGGUAAAAAAUAUCUUCAAGUUGCCAAGAAUCGGUACAGCGGUGACUUAGGAAUAAUGACGCUCGACUUCGAUAAAGAUGGUCUCAGUUAUGCGACGAAAAAGAAGAAAGACAAAGCGACAGCCACAGAACAGCAACCAAAUGAUGAUUUACCAGCGGAGGUAUGAGUGGUGCCAAAAGCGAACACA